CGAAAGCAUCCUGUAUUAUUUUGCGUUUAUGUCGUCUGUGGGGAAACACCGGAUUUCCACGUUAACAGUGAACUCUGGGACUAUAUAGCUGAUUCGACACUGAUAACAAUAUUAUUAGGGUUGGCUAUUCACACAUAAUUAAGUUUCAGAUAAAGUACCAACAUUAUGACAAUGCACCCACAGAAAUGUUGUAAUUGAUGUUUUCCUGCAAUACACAGAAUCAAAAAAGGCAGCAACACUAUUGAACAGCGAUGAAUGGAGAAUAUUGUUAAAUGCCAGAAGCGUUUACAGUUACAUAAGAGAUAUGCAUCUUUCAUUUUAAAGACAGAAUUUCUAACUUGAAAUACAUUCAAAUAUUGCAUUUGCAAAAAUGGCUGCCAAAAUAUCACCGCCGCCAAAUGGAAUUUACAUUGUACAAGGGGAAAUGUCCCUUGUGGUUACUGCUAUGAGGCGAAAUUCUCGGUGGAGCUCUCAUAGUCCACAGGAUGAAGAUCAAGAUCCUCUUCUUGGGAGUUUUUCUCAACUGAAAGACGUAAUAAACAACAUAUCAGAUUGUUCAUGUGAUACAGCCCCGGCUGCAAUUGAAAACAUGGCUGAUGCGGUGACACAUGCUAGGUUUGUUGGAACAGACCCAGGGAGUGAUGAAGUCGUACUCAUGAAAAUCUUACAGGUGCUGAGGACAUUACUACUCACACCAGUUGGUACACUUCUCACCAAUGAAUCAGUUUGUGAAAUUAUGCAAUCUUGCUUUAGAAUAUGUUUUGAAAUGAGACUCAGUGUUUCUCUCUGUGUUCCAAAACAACAUUCUCAAAAAAUUCUCACUCUGUUGAAAAUGAGAGCAGGUGGAAUUCCAGAUUCCUCAAGGAGCAAAAAACCGAAGAAAUCACCAAAAGUUCGGCAGAAGAAGGAACGCUUAGCAACCACUCCUGCGGAGGACAAAGAAAAAGAUAUAACCGCUUCUGUGACGUAUACGUCUGCUUCAACUCCUACCACUGCAACUGCUACAACGGUUGGAUCAUCUACAACUGCCUCGGGAUCAGCGGCAACGUCACCGGAAACCCCACAAAGCUCCAAUCCCGUAACCCCUGGAGCUGAUAGCGGCGUGGAUAUUAAGGAGUAUUCUCCAGAGUCGGAAGUAAAAUCUGAAAUAGUGGAAAAUGAAAAUGAAUUAAGACCACCGGAAGACAGUAGUGAGAUGAAGAAGGCUGGCAGUGAGACAGAUUUAGUGGAUUCUGAGAGAGCUGAAUCAGAAGAUUUAGAAUCGGUGGCGGAGCAGUCGGACAGUGCAUCUGUACAAGAUCUAGAAUACGUCAGUUCAAGAGGUGUUCGUUUCACUCCACAACAAGUAGUCAAAGAUGGUAGUGGGCCUUUAACGCCACAUGGUUUACCCUGUGUUAGAGAACUUUUUAGAUUCCUUAUUUCAUUGAUAAACCCACAUGAUAGACACAACACUGAUGUCAUGAUACAUAUGGGUCUGAGUUUAUUAACCGUUGCCUUGGAGACCGGUUGUGACCAUAUUGGGUCUUACAAUUCAUUGCUGAGUCUUGUCAAAGAUGACAUGAGUAAAAACUUAUUCUUUUUGUUACAAUCGGAGCGGUUAUCUCUGUUUGCCGCGUCGUUACGCGUUUGUUUCAUGCUUUUUGAGUCGAUGAGGGAACACCUUAAAUUUCAACUAGAAAUGUAUCUUCAUCGAUUGAUGGAUAUUAUCGUAUCUGAGUCUCCUAGGAUACCAUAUGAACAAAGAGAAAUGUCGCUGGAAUCAAUUGUACAGCUUUGGAGGAUACCUUCUCUUGUCACUGAAUUGUAUCUAAAUUAUGAUUGUGAUGUUUAUUGUAGUAACCUAUUUGAAGAUCUUACAAAACUUUUAUCUAAAAAUGCAUUUCCAGUUGCGGGCCUUUAUACCACCCAUCUACUAUCUCUUGAUGCGUUGCUGACUGUAGUCGACAGCAUAGAGGGACAUUGUCACAAUCAAGUACUCACUGCUACAGCCCUACAACAGCAGUCACUUCAAGAUGAAAAUACAGAACCUGAGAAAGAUAAAAAACCUACAGAAGUCACCAUUCUUGUGGAGGAUAUUCCCGAGGAAGAGGAAUCUGAAGAUAAGCCAAGGUCUGGUACUACUGCAUCCGGUGACGGUGAUGAUUCAGGUACAGAGUGUGACACACAGCACAUGACGGCACCACCACCAACGACAUCUGGGUAUGCUAUGGCUCAAUAUAUUGCCAUACAAAGGCAAGAGUCUAGAGAAGAUAUCGGUAAAAACAGUAAUUGUGAAAACAAGAGAGGACGAGACCGGCGUAUUAAGUUUGCAUCUAACAUCCCAACAUCAGAGGAGUUAAUUCAAAUCAAACAACGAAAGAAGCUAUUAUUGGCCGGCACCGAACAGUUCAACCAGAAGCCCUCAAAAGGAAUAGCUUUCUUACAAGAACAUAAUCUACUACGGACGCCGCUAGAUCCGAUGGAAGCUGCUACGUUCAUUCGGGAGAAUCCAAAGAUUGACAAGAAAAUGAUUGCUGAAUUUAUAUGCUCCAAGAAAAAUCCCAAAGUUUUAGAUGCCUUUGUGAAAUCAUUUAGGUUUGAGAACACAAGACUUGAUGAAGCUUUAAGGAUGUAUUUAGAAGCAUUCCGUUUACCCGGAGAAGCCCCUGUUAUACAAUACUUACUAGAACAAUUCUCAGAUCAUUGGCAUAGUCUGAACAACCAACCGUUCGCCCAUACAGAUGCUGCCUUUACUUUAGCAUAUGCUAUAAUAAUGUUGAAUGUUGACCAGCAUAAUUAUAAUGCAAAGAAACAAAAUAUACCAAUGACAGUAGAGGAAUUCAAGAGAAAUCUAGCCAAGGUUAAUGGAGGUCAAGACUUUGAGUCGGAUAUGUUAGAUGAAAUUUUCAAUGCCAUUAAAACGGAUGAGAUUGUGAUGCCUGCAGAGCAAACAGGUUUAGUCAAAGAGAUGUACCUAUGGAGGGUUUUAUUGAAGCGUGGUACUACGGGUGAUGGGCAGUUUAUGCAUGUACCAAGCGGUUGCUUUGAUCAGGAUCUUUUCAUGCUGACUUGGGGACCCAUGGUGGCUGCAAUAUCAUUUGUCUUUGAUAAGAGUCUAGAUGAAACGAUUAUACAAAAGGCGAUCUCAGGAUUCAGGAAAUGUGCAAUGAUCUCAGCUCACUAUGGUUUGAGUGAUGUCUUUGAUAACCUUACUAUUUCACUAUGUAAAUUUACAACAUUAUUGAAUCCACCUGAGUGUACUGAGUCUCUGCCUAUCGCCUUUGGUUCCAAUGUGAAAGCCCAGCUAGCAGCCAAGACGGUAUUUGCCUUAGCCCAUAGACAUGCUGAUAUAUUGAGGGAAGGCUGGAAAAAUAUCUUAGACUGUAUGUUACAACUGUAUAGAUCGAAAUUAUUACCUAAAGUCAUGGUAGAAGUAGAAGAUUUUGUUGAUCCAUCGGGAAAGAUCUCUCUCAUAAGAGAGGAGCUUCCUACUAUGAAUAGAACCGACUCCUCAAUCUUCAGUUCCUUCUAUCAGUACAUUACGUUGAAUCCAGAACCAGCCAAUCAGAGAGGACCUACAGCUGAAGACCAAGAAGCAACGCAACAAGCUCAUUCGUGCAUUAAAGAAUGCCAUCCUGAACAGCUGAUUACAGAAAGUAAAUUCUUACGCUUGGAUUCUCUGCAAGAGUUGAUCAAGUCAUUGACCUUUGCAUCAUCUGGUCCUGACACUGCGGUCUCGCUAGGUAUCCAGUUUGAUGAAGAAGCCGCAGUCUUUUAUUUAGAGUUACUGUUACGGGUAGUCUUACAAAAUAGCCUAGCGACAUGUGCAUAUAAUAACAAAAGUAUGGUCUUAACAUCUCUACGCAUUCUUCUCAUGAUGAAACCUAAUGUCAUGCAGAGAGUUUGUCGACAGAUCUCGUUUGGAAUGCAUGAAUUACUACGCACCAAUGCAGCUAAUAUCCAUUGCCAUGCCGACUGGUAUACUAUAUUUACUAUUAUGGAGUGUGUAGGAGCCGGCAUGACUCCACCACCAAUCAUACAGUAUUCUGUAGAUAUUGAUACAAAUGCACCCCCUAUCUUAUUGGAUAGUGGUGCACAAUCUGACAGUGAAUUGUCUACUAGUUCAUAUGGUGUUGCUUCAUCUGAACGGGGUUAUACUUCUGAUAGUGAAUUAUACGAAUCACAGCAAAGAGUACAGCGUUCAUCAACUGAUAUCGACAUACAGUCAUCAGCUAGCUCUACUACUGGUGAAUGGUUACUGGUCGGCAAAGAGGGCGAGAUUGAACAACGGCAACAUCAUCAUCACCACCAUAACCACCAUCACCAUCACAACCUGCCGUUGAAGCGUCUCUAUAAUCAGUAUGAGAUCGCCAUAGACGAGGAGUUACAUCAUCAUGAUACUAAGUCGCUGUUAAAAUGUUGCGAGUCGUUAGCUUUCUUAGUUCGAGAUGCAGCGCACGUUACUCCUGAUAACUUUGAGGCCUGCGUACAUUGCAUAAGGGUAUUUGUGGAGGCCAGUGUUAAUGGAGGUAGGCGACUAUCAGUUGAACACAAAAGACAUCGUCAUGCCAAGGAAAAAGAAAGAAGUGCCAAACAUAAAAAGAAAACUGCAAUGAAAAAAUCCAAGACAUCACCAGCCCAUUUGUCACGGUCAGCCAAUGAAAAUGAAGAUACAGAUAAUGAUGGUCCACCUGGAGGUUAUCAGUCUCUUUCUAUACAAGUAUUCUUACAGCAUUUAACACCAUUGUUAUCGCUACCAACAUUUACAGCAUUAUGGCUAACUAUUUUAGAUUUUAUGGAUAAAUAUAUGCACAAAGAUAAAAGUGACUUACUGUCAGAGGCUAUUCCUGAAUCUCUUAAGAAUAUGUUACUUGUCAUGGAUACCGCUGGGGUGUUCCAAAACAUUGAUGGCGUUGAGGAAGAUCAUUCAGCUCUCUGGGAGGUGACUUGGGAGAGAAUAGACUGCUUCCUCCCAGGACUUAAAAAUGAAGUUUUCAAACCUCAAGAAUUGAUAAAUCCAAAUCUUAUUAAAAUGCGAGUGUGCGAACCUCCGAGUCAAGAUACAAGUAUACCCAGAGAAUGCCCCUCACCGCCGCCACCACCACCAUCGGCUAGUCCCCCACCAACCAAUGAUACAUGUAGUUCUGGAGUACUAUAUUUUGGUGACCCAUGUGGCGUCCUAGCAUACAGUGUUCGACAAUUCUGUGAAAAUGUUAUUAAAUUUGUUAGAAAUCAAGGACUACUUAUGUCUGUGUUGAUAUAG